AACCAACAUGGUUAAUAUUGAAGGUUCUUCUGUACAAGGACAUACAACUUUUGUGCUCUAUGUAAACAUAGUCACUUGUGCAUUUCUCGGGUCCAUUUUUUAUUUCAUCCGUCAGAGGAAGAAGCCCUUAACAGCAUCUGAACAAUCUCUGCUGCGAGAGUUUCCUUCCGUAAGAUCUCUUUCGGACUUUACUCCGCUUGACUCAUAUGUUCCAUCUCCUCCUCCAGCAAGUUGGAACGGCCUUUGGAACUUCCUUACGAGCGAUUUCUCGUUGCUUUCAAAAGAUGCAAGAGUUUAUUUGCUGUUCCAGAGACUUUGCAUCAUCUUAAUUCUAUUUCACGGAAGUCUCUGCUAUCUUCUACUGUUACCCUGUUACUUUUGGAUAUCCAGAACUAGCUCAGUGACCGCUGUCCUCUCAGAAAUUGCGUUUCUUGAUAACUCAAUGCUAAACCUUUUGCUGAUAUUGAUUGUUCUUGCUUUUUCUGUGUAUGUAAUGUACAUUUUCAUUUGUAUUUCAGUAGCAGGAAGAGUGAUAGACUACGAGUCACAGACUUUUACUUGGACGGAAGCGCCACAUCGACAACAACUUGUAUGUUCGUAUCUUUCGGAGCAAAUGUUUGGAUUCUCUCCCAGUAAGCGCUCGGAACAACAGUGUCCAAGAAUGCUGUUGUUAUCCAACGUAUCGCGAAAUAUCACGGAUAGAUCAGAAAUUUUUGAAUUACUUGACACUCUUUACCCGUCAGAAAUCGCCCAUGUAGAGAUUCUGUAUCGUCGAAGAGCUUGUAGGAGUAAGCUUAUCAGAAUGUUGCAUAGAGCACAAAGAAGAGAAUAUUUUUAUAUCCAACUUUUCAACUGCUGCUCUGAUGACUCUUUAUUGAACGGUACUCGAGAAAUUUUGGACUCUCUUGGUUGGAAGAAGAACUUGCUAAACUAUUCUUUUGGAAAGCUUUUAUUGAGAUGGUCAUUGAUAAGUUGUCAAAGAGAAGUUAGGAAAAUUGAGCAACAGUUGGAAGUUCCUCAUUCACAUUUUGCUUCAGAUUCUUCGGGCUGUGCAUUUGUUUUAUUUCAUUCGCAAAGAACAGCAUUUCUUUGUCUGCAAGAUUUUCCAAUAAGAAAACUCAAGGUUUCUAGGUCUUCUAUGCAAUCUUUUGUUCGACGGCCACAGUCUGAUAAGGAAGCACUCCUAGUUUCUUUAGCGCUUUCCCGCUUAGGAGAGAAUGUUCAAGCAGACAUUGCUCCCAACCCUCGAGAUAUUAUUUGGAACAAUGUUGGGAUUCCUGCAAGUGAACGGUUUUGGCGUGAGGUGAUUCUAAAUAGCGUGACUGGCUUCUUCCUUUUAUUAUUUACUUCACCCUUUACUAUUUUGUCCACUCUUAGAAUUAUUGUUUUUUAUGCUGCAGAAAGAACUCCGUUUCUAGGAAUAGAGGGGCUUGAUGUAUUUACGUCUAACACUGUCUCCGAACUCGCGGAGAAAAUUUCACGCAGCUCAAUUAUCGGACCUUUUGUAAUAGAUUAUGCCCCAGUUUUUUUACUUUCUUGUAUCAAUGCUUUGAUGCCUACAUUUUUUAGACGGGAGUCUGCCUUGGAAGGCUAUCUUAGCAGAUCAGAAGAAGAGCAGUCCAUUUUUCGGAAACUGUUUCUCUAUUAUUUAUUUAAUACAGUACUAUUGCCCUUGUUGGCUUUAAAUACUGCAGCAGAGAUUUUGGAGCAGUUGCUUUCCAGAAGUGAAUCUUCGUGGAAUCCGAAGGAUUUUAUUGCAUCUAUUUCAGAACGUGUGUUUACUGGGAGCAAUUCGUACUUCUAUUUGAAUUUUAUUAUUCAACUUACUUUUACGAGUAACUCUUUGAGUCUUUCUCGACUCUUUCCUACACUGUUCUCUUUCUUUCGUAAUGUUUUUUCGUUCAACCCUUUGGAACUAACCGAGUGCAAAUGCAACGAGUUGUUUGACUUUCCACUACAUUACGCAACUACUCUGAAAAUACUGGCAAUAUAUCUAUGUCUGGGGUUGGUCGUUCCAAUCUUAUGGCCGGUGACUUUGCUGUUUUUUAUUGCAAAACACUUAACAGACGCUUAUAAUCUGAACUUUGUUCAUCCUCGCAGUGCAAUCGACGGCAGACUGCCGCGUUCUGUUGUUCGACGUCUAUUGUUUUGCACAAUUCUUUCGCACUUGCUGCUAUGUGGACGUUUCUUGUUGACUGGCUCCAUAACAGCCGCAACAGUGUUGAUUGUCAUUUCUUUCACUUGUAUAUUAGUUUGCACGAAAUUUGCAACAAAGUUGGGUCCUCCUCUUUUGAAGCGUAUACUUUAUUCGUAUUCUGGUGAGGUGAAUACGCAAAGCUCAACGUUCGACACUUUGUGGUCACUUUUUCUACAUCCUUUUAAAGUAGUAGUUGUAGGAUUACGAGAUUCUUCGGAGGAUUUGACGCUUUUGCCUGAAAAUUACAGUGACGGAAAUGAACGUAGCCAUGUUUAUACUUUUCGAAACGUUUACAGUAGCUACGAUACUUUUAGCUAAUGUAUAAGAAAAUAGUCCCAUAAAACGUACAGCUUUCGAAUUACUUUCAACAUGCUUGAUCUUCCAU